AGGGAGAGAGAGAGAGAGAAUGAAUUUAGGCUAGACCAGCCCCUCGAGCUGUUGCAUGUUUAGACUGAGGUCUUACUUCCCACCCCACUGCAAGCUUGUCAGUUUGACUCAGUCGAUGGAUGCUCACAUUCGGAUUUUGUCCUUCUGAAAAGCAAUAAAAGCGACACUUCUCAAGUGGCCUGGACAAAAUAGGGCUCAAUAGCUCCCUCUUGUGGCUGAGCAACCAAAACAAAGAUGAAUAUCAUUUCAUCCCCGUGUGUGUUGAAGGACCUUUUUCCAUACUGCCGGCCAAAAUUAUGUCAACUGAAAUGACUUUAUAGCCACUCGGCCCAAGCAGAAGGACCAUAAACUAUGGAGGCUUCAAGUCCUGCUCUUGCCGGGACUUUCCCAACUGCGUCCGCGAUGCAGCCAUCCUCCGGCACCCUCUCCUCUUAUGGCUAUCUUCAGUUCUUUUGGCAUUAUCAGGACAAGUCUGUCAUUAUGGAACAUUACAACUACACGGGCAAGCUGCAGGGGGACCGUUACCGUGACGGCCUCCGACCCGAGGGCAUCGCCUUCCUGGUGGUGUGUCUGCUCAUCGUGCUGGAGAACGCCGUGGUUCUCCUGGCUAUCUGGAGGAACAAGAAGUUCCACUUGCCCAUGUAUUACCUCCUGGGAAACCUGACUCUGUCAGACCUCCUGGCCGGGAUUACCUACAUGGCCAACAUCAUCAUGUCCGGGCCGAAGACUUUGCAGCUGACGCCGUUGCUGUGGUUCCUGAGGGAGGGAGGAGUUUUCAUCACUCUGGCCGCCUCUGUCAUCAGUCUGCUGGCCAUUGCGAUUGAACGCCAUGUAACCAUGGUGACGAUGAGGCCGUACCACGGUGCAAAGCGGGGGCGGAUGUUGGCGCUGAUUUGUGCAAGUUGGGCUUUAGCGGCCUUUUUGGGCGUCCUCCCAAUCUUGGGAUGGAACUGCAUCCAUAGAUUGGACCAGUGCUCCACCGUGCUUCCUCUUUAUGCCAAGAGCUACAUCCUGUGCUGCGUAUCAGUCUUUAGUGCAGUUCUCCUCGCCAUCGUGGUCCUGUACGCCAGAGUUUUCCGCAUCGUCCGUACCAAUACGCAACGGCAGCGAUUAGGCUUGUCCAGUAGCAUGAGAAAGGGCUUGGCCCGAAAGUCCCAAAAGUACAUCGCCCUCCUCAAGACGGUCACCAUCGUGUUGGGUGUCUUCAUCGCGUGUUGGCUGCCUCUCUUUCUCCUCCUCCUCCUGGAUUUCUUCUGCCCAACGCGCAGCUGCCGCCUCCUCUUCAAGGCCGACUACUUUCUGGGAGUCGCCAUGGUCAACUCGCUACUCAACCCCAUCAUCUACACCCUGACCAGCAAGGACAUGAGGAGAGCCAUUCUGAGGCUGCUGUGUCGGCCGUGCCUCAUGACCAGGGACGGCCAGGUGAAGAAGAUUGGCAUGCCCUUCCUUGAGUGCAGCUUCAGUAAGACAGAGGUGCCCUCCCAGAAGUUGGAGGCGGGGGCGGAGACAACAAUUUCCUCUGGCAAUGUCGUCACCGGCCCGUCUCCUAUCAAGACCCUCUAUCCGAAACUGUUAAAGCCUUAAGACACAGGUGUCAAACCCGAGGCCCGGGGGCCAGAUUUGCUCCACCACAUCAUUUUCUGUGGCCCGCAAAAGCAAAUCAAACAUGUCAGCUUCCAUGAUGCUUGCUAAAAUCUCUUCCAAAAUUUGAAAUUCUGAUAUGGAAUAAAUAAUGGCCAGUUAUUGUAAGCAUUGUCUUGUUACCAAACCCCUCAUUACAGUAACUUCAACAAUAGUUGAAUAAGUGACUUCUUUGUAUGGUUUUAUAUGGUUUCAGUCAUAACGGCCUACCAAGGGCAAUGGUAACUAAAAGAUGGCCCGCGACAAAAACGAGUUUGACACCACAGCCUUAAAACUUGUUGGCUUGGCUCGCACUUAACAGAAGACAUGUAGCUCAUCUUUUGGAGGACAAAUAACCCUUUUUCCACUGCAUGGUAUCCGCUCGGCUCACCACAGGCCAAAGUCGAUGUACAAGGUACUAUUUUAGUGUGUGGUGCAUGCCAAGUUGACACCACAUGCGUUGAUGUAAACCCAUAUUGGUCUCUUAGUGGUCCUUGCUUACCAGUUGUUGUCCACUUUGAUAAAAAUGUUUUUUUCCUUACCACGAGGCCACAAGCCGAGAAGUAAAUCCAGGAGUUGUUGUUUGUUGUUUUUUGUUAGGAUGUCACAGAUUUUUUUUUUCAGUUGGUUUUCGGACUGACAACCAUGGUGAUACGGAAAACUGAACACUGGGCAGCAACUUAACUUGAAAUUAUCCAUAGGUGUGACUAUAAAUCGACAUUCUUGUUUGUCUAUAUGUGGCCUGUGAUUGGCUGGCAACCAGUUCUGGGUGUAACCCACUUCUCGCUCAAAAUCACCUGUGAUAGACUCCAGAUCAAUCACGACCUCAAUGAGGAACAACGAAACAGAAAAUAGAUGUUUGCAACUUGUGAAAGCGAACAACCCAAACAGCAGCGAGCAGAGCUGAUUUGAGGCGAGUUGGGACCGUGCAGUGGAAAAAGAUUACAAUAGACUCAAAACAGAAAAAAUGCAAGAAUCCAACACUCAAAGCUACAGAAUCUAAACCAUUCCUGUUAUAGACCAAUUACUGGUUCCCUUGUAACAAACCAUGACAUGUACUUUCACGAUGAGACAAGGCCACACAAAUCUGAACAAGGCAACUUGUGAACUAAUUUGCACUGAGAUAUCAAAGGAAAUGGAGAAACUGGCUUGUACUCGUGUGGUUCUGUGGUUCGAAUCCAAGCCUGGAAGGACACUUUGAUGGAACAAAUUACUGACGAAUGUAAA